UCCACCCCCACCCCCCGCAGCGCUCUCGACCAAUCAGAGGCGUCUUCACUCCGGGCCCUGGCCAAUAGCACGGAGGGGCGCUAAGCCGUCGGAGGUGCUGCCGCUGCCGCCAUCUUGCUUGUGGGUAUUGCCCGAGACUGGGGCCCGGGCGCGCGCAGGGCAGGCGAAGGUGCAGACCGCCUCUGGAGUGCGGGAGGCGACGGCCUGGAGGCUCGGGUUCCUCAGCCCUGGAUUGGUUCUGCCUAUCUGGAAGGCAAUGGAGAAGAAGCUGGGAGUCAAGCCAAGUUCUGCUUCCUGGAUUUUAUCAGGAUUUUGUUGGCAGACAUCUGUGAAGUGGUUGAGAAGCCUGCAUCUGUUUUAUAUUUGCUUCUGCUUCAGUGUGCUGUGCUUGUCAACAGGUGAACUGGGAAGCCAUUCUCCAUUGUUGCUGUGUUCCAUGAUGAAAGCCCAUCUUGAUUAUGCCAGUGAGAGCAGGUGCAAGCAGGUGAAGACACAAUUUGGAGUUGGCUUGAUAUCUGGGGGAGAAAAUUACCUCCGGCUUCUUGAAGGAACCCCCUCUCUCCAGACAUGUUGGACUGCCUGCUGCCAGGACUCUGCAUGUCAUGCCCUUUGGUGGUUAGAAGGGAUGUGCAUUCAGGCAGACUGCAACAGUUCCCAGAGCUGCCGGACUUUUAGGACAGACUCUUCCAAUUCCAUGCUGGUGUUUUUUAAGAAAUUCCAAGCUGCAGAUGACUUGGGCUUUCUACCUGAAGAUGUUGCACCUCAUAUUCUGGGGCUAGGUUGGAGCAGGGCAUCUCAGAGGAGGCAGAGCCUUCCCAGAGCUCCACUCCGACCUGCUGUAUCUUCCACUGACCAGCAGAACUUAAUCAGGAGGCUUCAGAAGAGAGAGAGUCCCAGUGAAGAAGUUAUACCUAUAGUGACACAGCAUUCUGAAGUGAAUGACUCCAAGGAACUGGGUGAUCUGAAAACCAAUGGCUCCGAAGAGGUCCACAAGACAGUUACAAUUUCCAAUCCCCUAACCACAGAUCUGGCUGGGGAGAUUCCUGUUUGGUCAAAGACUGUAUCAGUCCAACUUGAGACGUCAGAGGAUCUGGGUACUACGUCUAGCACUCAGCAAGUAAAAAACCCUGGGAUAACCCAAAUUGCUACCCCUCUGCCAGUGACUCCCUCCUACAGUUAUGCCACCCCUACCCCACACACCUCUUUCCAGAGCACCUCUGCACCAUUUCCAGUUAUUAAGAAGCUGGUCAUAUCUGCUGGAGAGAAUGUCCAGGUGACCCUGCCUAAGAAUGCAGUCCAGUUAAAUGCAUAUGUUCUCCAAGAACCACUUAAAGGAGAAACCUACACCUACGACUGGCAGCUGAUUACUCAUCCUAAAGACUACAGUGGAGAAAUGGAAGGGAAACAUUCCCAGAUCCUCAAACUAUCCAAGCUCACUGAAGGCCUUUAUGAAUUCAGAGUGAUUGUAGAUGGUCAGAAUUCCCAUGGGGAAGGCUGUGUGAACGUGACGGUAAAGCCAGAGCCCCGUAAAAAUCAGCCUCCUGUUGCCAUUGUGUCACCACAGUUCCAGGAGAUUUCUCUGCCAACCACUUCUACAGUCAUUGAUGGCAGCCAAAGCACUGAUGAUGAUAAAAUCGUCAGGUACCAUUGGGAAGAACUAAAGGGACCUCUGAGAGAAGAGAAGAUUUCUGAAGAUACGGCCAUAUUAAAACUAAGUAAGCUCGUCCCUGGGAACUACACGUUCAGCUUGACUGUAGUAGACUCUGAUGGAGCUACCAACUCGACCACUGCAAGCCUGACAGUGAACAAAGCUGUGGAUUACCCCCCUGUGGCCAACGCAGGCCCCAACCAAGUGAUCACCCUGCCCCAAAACUCCAUCACGCUCCUUGGGAACCAGAGCACUGAUGACCAUGGCAUCACCAGCUAUGAGUGGUCACUCAGCCCCAGCAGCAAAGGGAAAGUGGUGGAGAUGCAGGGUGUUAGAACACCAGUCCUGCAGCUCUCUGCCAUGCAAGAAGGAGACUACACUUACCAGCUAACAGUGACUGACACAAUAGGACAGCAGGCCACCGCUCAAGUGACUGUUAUUGUGCAGCCUGAAAACAACAAGCCGCCACGAGCAGAUGCAGGCCCAGAUAAAGAGCUGACCCUUCCCAUGGAUAGCACAACCUUGGAUGGUAGCAAAAGCUCAGAUGAUCAGAAAAUUAUCUCGUAUCUCUGGGAAAAAACACAGGGACCUGAUGGGGUGCAGCUCGAGAAGGCUAACAGCAGUGUCGCCACUGUGACUGGGCUGCAAGUGGGAACCUACGUGUUCACCUUGACUGUCAAAGAUGAGAGGAACCUGCAAAGCCAGAGCUCUGUGAAUGUCAUUGUCAAAGAAGAAACGAACAAACCACCUAUAGCCAAGAUAACUGGGAAUGUGGUGAUAACCUUGCCCACGGACACAGCCGAGCUGGAUGGCUCCAAGUCCUCAGAUGACAAGGGAAUAGUCAGCUACCUCUGGACUCGAGAUGAGGGGAGCCCAGCAGCAGGGGAGGUGUUAAAUCACUCUGACCACCACCCUGUCCUCUUCCUUUCCAACCUGGUCGAGGGAACCUACGUAUUUCAUCUGAAAGUGACUGAUGCGAAGGGUGAGAGUAACACAGACCAGACCACUGUGGAGGUGAAACCUGAUCCUAGGAAAAACAACCUAGUGGAGAUCAUCUUGGAUGUCAACGUCAGUCAGCUGACUGAGAGGCUGAAGGGGAUGUUCAUCCGCCAGAUUGGGGUCCUCCUGGGGGUGCUGGAUUCCGACAUCAUUGUGCAAAAGAUUCAGCCGUACACGGAACAGAGCACCAAGAUGGUAUUUUUUGUUCAAAACGAGCCUCCGCACCAGAUCUUCAAAGGCCAUGAGGUGGCAGCGAAGCUCAAGAAUGAGCUGCGGAAACAAAAGGCAGACUUUCUAGUAUUCAGAGCCCUGGAAGUCUACACUGUCACAUGCCAGCUGAACUGUUCCGACCAUGGCCACUGUGAUUCCUUUACCAAACGCUGCAUCUGUGACCCUUUUUGGAUGGAGAAUUUCAUCAAGGUGCAGCUGAGGGAUGGAGACAGCAACUGUGAGUGGAGCGUGUUAUAUGUUAUCAUUGCUUGCUUUGUCAUUGUCGUUGCCUUCGGAACCCUGUCCUGGACUGUGAUCUGUUGUUGUAAGAGGCAAAAAGGAAAACCCAAGAGAAAAAGCAAGUACAAAAUCCUGGAUGCCACGGAUCAGGAAAGCCUGGAGCUGAAGCCAACCUCCCGAGCAGGCAUCAAACAGAAAGGCCCAAUGCUGAGCAGCAGCCUGAUGCACUCUGAGUCGGAGCUGGACAGCGAUGAUGCCAUCUUCACAUGGCCAGACAGAGAGAAGGGCAAACUCCUGCAUGGUCAGAAUGGCUCUGUGCCCAACGGACAGACCCCACUUAAGGCCAGGAGCCCACGGGAGGAGCUCCUAUAGCCAGCCACCUGGUCUGUCUCCUCAGGGUAGAGGUCGGCAGUGCUGGGGUCCAGAGCAUUGCCAGGCUGGUUCUCAAACCUUCCAUUUCAGUGGGCAGCUGUUCUGCCAGCAUUUGCUGGUCAUCUCCCCCCCAUAUCAUCCACAACCAGAGCUGCUGAUACCUGGAUCCAGAGACAUUCUCCAGGAACCCUGAACAAAGCUGUGAAUGAAGAGGUUUCCUCUUUAAACCAUCUGGUAGUCUCCCCUCACCUCUUACCUCCUCUUUCCCCCGCAUAUCCUCACCUCAGGGCCUCCGUUUUUGCAAACCCCUCCCCUGCUCUGAGGGUGGACACAGCCAGCUCCCUGUUGGCAGUGUCGCACUCCCAGAGCACCUGCACAGCGAGGACUGGCUGUGCCCCCCACACCUGGGUACAGAACCAAGCACUACCAGUCCACAAGAGCCUGCCCUAUAUUCUUCUCUUUGGGAUCACUGGGUCCAGAGGAUGUAGCACCCCCUUCUCCUCACCACAGACGCUGGGCUGGUGGUGCAGACAUGGUGUCUGGCCCAAGGGUAAGGGAGAGCUGGCUAUUGUGUCAGAGCAGUGAGGCUGGACACAGACCGCCUCCCCGUCUCUUCCUGACCAGUGCUGGCCGAGAGCAGAGCCACAGCUGACUGGAAUGUUAUGGCAUGAGAGCGCAUGUGUGCGAUUGUCCCACCCUGUUCUUUGUGUCCCGUGUGUGUGUGUGUGUGUGUGUGUGUGUGUGUGUGUGUGUGUGCGCGCGCGCGCGCACAUGCGCAUUGGCUCCUCACAAGGCGACCCUGACCUGGAAAGACUUUCAGUUCCUUGGAAGAGAGACUUCCUAUGGUGUCUGGGUAUUGAGGAAUGGGAGCUUUGGCGGGAGUGACUUUUUAAAAAGAAACUUACAGUUUAUACUACUGUCUGUUGUGAGAUGAUUAAACAUGCUAUUUA